AUGGCCUGCGAAGUUGAGGGUCGAACAAUGACAAAUCAAAAAGACACGACCAGUACCAAUAGUGCCUGGGGCGAUCAAUUCGACACUACCAAGUCCAAUGUCACAGGGCUUAACCCAGAAGAAACGGCAAUGAUCCUCACAAGCUUAAGCAAAGGCUAUCGAAAUGACAGAGCUGCUUUGUUGUCAUCGCCUGACCUGGAUACGGAUAUCAUGAGUGACAUGGGCUCAGGCGAGAUGUCUUUCCAUCACCAUCAACUUUCUCUCAGAAGUGGAAAUGGCAAGGUACAUCGUGUGCAGCAAAUUAAUUUUGAUGGCCCGAAAGGCAGUAAACUCGACUUCACGGAUGAUGCAGGUUGCAGUCAUCGUUUUCGAAAUGAGAGCAAUCGGGUAAAAAGUCUGGUCACCAAGCAUAUCUCGAUCGAGGAACUACGUACGCACUUUGAUCGACCCAUUAUUGACGUAGCAAAAGACUUUGGUAUAUGCAUCACUUUAAUGAAAAAAAUUUGCCGCCGAAACGGUAUCAAAAGGUGGCCACAUCGCCAAAUCCGGUCGCUCUCCAAAAGUAUUGCUUCCAUGGAGGCCGCCAUGCUCAGUGCUCACGGUAGUGAACGGGAAAGAUACCGAGAUCAAAUCACUAAUUUGAAAAUGAAGCGUGAGUGUGUGAUUGCGGACCCCAACAGGGAAAACUCGGUGCACUCCAAAAUGCUGCCUACGUCUUCUUUGCUCGUUGAAUACUCAAAAAGUGACAGUGAUUCUUCGACCCGUAAAGUGUCAACACGUACCAGCCACGGCGGGUAUCCUCUGCCGCAAGUAAAUCAAGGACAUUCUGCUAGAGUAGAUAAUUCCGUAAUGGUGACGAGUUCAAGGUCUUUGACCACUGGCCUCUCAAAGGGUGGGCGCUGGACUAGCGAAGAACACACCGCAUUCCUUGAGGGUAUUCGCUUGUAUGGGAAAGACUGGCGUCGUGUGGCGCAAGUCGUUAUGACGCGUAGCGCAGUACAAACGCGUACUCACGCUCAGAAGUAUUUAUUAAAAUUUGCUGGGCGCUUACCAUUUGACCCUGAUGGAAUGCUUCAGGAUUAUCACUCACAACUAGAGCCAAACCAGAAUGAAAGUGCUUCGAUGAAGCCUCUUGCAUCCCUGCUGAGCCCAACAACGAGUGUGUCGUCAAGCGAUACUGCAAUAGCACAAACGAGUGACGAUAGCACGAGCACUGGAUCGUGGCAUUCGGAGGAAAUGCGACCUAAUGCAAAGCAUGGGGAAGCCAUGGCCAAAAUUUUAAAUGGAAGUCCUCACGUGUCUUCAAACGCUAGAUUUGAUGAAAGUAACGUUAAAGCUUCUGCUCUGUCACCACUUUCAGCGUUUCAGCGAAUGAGCACAUACAGCAGUAUUUGA